CCCCCGUGAAGUGAUAAGUGAUAAUGGAAAAUGUUGCUUCUUUGCAAAUUGUUUCGUCUUUUGUUUGAUUGAGAGACGGUGCCAUUACAAGCGCGUAAGCAAAGAGUUUAGAUUAAUCUCGGGUGCAUAGUUUUGCAGUUUUUGGUCGAUAAAAUGUGUCAUGAAGCUCCUGUGAUGAUCACACUCUCAUCUUAGGAAGUUCUUUCUUGGACCUUUACCUCGGUCUGCAUAAAGAAAAUUUCGUAGUUAUUCGUGGUCAAGCCAAUAAGGUUUUCCAAAAUUUGUGACAACUCCUUCAGGAUGUCUGUGGUUCCUUUUUGAUAUUGAGGAGGCAACUCAUAUUUUAACAUGCUGCGAACUACUUUUGUUAUUCAUUCAUACCCCUCAGCUUAUCGAAUGACGGUUCUAAUCCUGAACCUCCUACUGUGGUCAGCUCUGAACACCUCCUGUUUUCAUGUAUGCGCAUUCACAGAUGUCACGUAAAAAGGCAGAUUCCCGAAUCUAAUUGUAGUAGUAUCAGAAGAAGUCGUGAGUGACUCGCCGAGAAAUAUAUUUCGUGAUUUUUAAUCUGCACCAUCAAAGUGGUUUGUCCUGCGUUUAAAAGAAAUCCUUAAAUUUAUCGCGAAUAUGUAUCUCAAUGGUUUUGCUAAUAAAAAGCAGUGUUCUACGAAGUUACAACAAUCAAGUAAGAGUAAGCAAAGUAUCACAGCAAUCUAUCUUUUUCCCUGAUUCAUCUGCCGCUCACUAAAGAUAUACAAGCCCACGCGUACUACACGGAGGACUACUCGGCGGGCUACUCGUUCAUGAACGACAACAACAUGCUGUUCGCCAACUUCACCAAGUCGAUGAUGCCGGUGCGGGUGCUCAAGUGCGAGAAGUGCGGGAAGGACUUCCGCUCGGCCGGCGGCCUCUCCUCGCACAAGAAGUACAUCUGCGACAAGCCGCCCAAGAUCCGCUGCAAGAUCUGCAAGAAGCAGUUCCGCAUCCUGGGCAACUGCCACAAGCACAUCGUCAUCGUCCACCGGAUCCGCGACCUCGAGGGCCGCCGCAACGCCACCGAGAAGAUCCUCGACCGCGACGGCGUCAACUUCUACGCCACCCAGUCCGAGCUCAGAUGAAACUCGGAAAACCCUCACCCGUAGAUCUGUAAAGCCAACGCAUAGAGAAAAAAAAAGGAGGUGUUUGCAUCUUAAGGUUUGUUUACCCUGUGACGUAGGUCGGUAUAGACGCU